AUGGGUUCACAGACUGCUCAAGGGGGCGAGGUGUAUCGCCAACUGGAGCCGCAAUGGAAUCCCCUUCUGAUCGUGGCAUCAAUUGCCAUUUCGUUUCUGGGUGCUUUUACUUCGACACAGCUCAUGUGUCAUGCGAGAAUGUCGUUGCGAUUUCACAGUGUCUUGCUGUGGGUGCUUUUUGGCAGUUUUGUGUUCGGAGGCUGUUCAGUUUGGUGCCUCCACAUGGUCGCAAUGCUGGCUUGCGAAUUUGAUGUCAAGAUGGGAAUCAACACCUCGCUUACAGUGUUGAGCGCCUUUCUUCCAGUUUUCUUCACGUUUCUGGCUCUGGGCAGUGAAUUGCUCUGGGAACGUUGGCAUCAUGGCCGGGGAAGGAAAAAACGCAGGAGUAGGAAAACACGGCUGAAAACCACUACCCUGAGCCCUAUGAGCAAAUAUAGGAACAACAAUAACCACUCUUUCUCGCUUCAUCCAGUGGCUGAAGAGGAGGAAGAGGAGGCUGUUGAAGACUACCAGGAUGAGGAAAUCGCUCCUGACCAGCCACUACUAUCAGGACCUCGCCCAUCGCAAGCUCGAAACCCAGAAAGUCAGAGCUGGAGUGGACCAAGGACCGACUUUUUCAGAUCAUCGCAAGACGGACCCGGGGCCUCAUUCGAUUCAAGUCUAUUGCCGGCGUCUCCAGGUGUCAUCAUCCUCCGCGAUGAUACCUCUACUGGUUUUCGAGACGAUGCUUCUACAGUUAGCUCUGGAUCUUUCAACCCCUCUUCUACUGAAGGAUCUACUACACGUCGCGAGUCGUCAAGUGGAUCAAGUACAAGUCAUGGCCUAAGCAGUGCUAUGGGGCUUGCGUACAGACGAGCUCCUGCAACCACAAUGAAUGCCUUUGUGGCUACUGCUAAGAUCUUGUACUAUGGCAUGACUCCAAGAAAUAUAAUCAAGGGAUUCUUAUGGUCACUCGCAAUCACUAGUAUGCAUUAUUCUGGUAUUUACGGACUAAAGGUUCCUCAUGGAAAAGUCGUUCUGGAUCCCUGGAUUGUCCUUGCAUCUGCCCUUAUAUCCUGGCUGGUCUGCACAGUUGGUUGCAUCUGCAUGGCUGAGAUGGAAGCUAUGCUAUCUCAGCAACUACUCUUUUCAGUCGUGGCGACGACGGGCGUGAGUAGUAUGCACUGGACGGGGAUGGCAGCCGCUACCUUCUGGUCCACAUCGCCCCCAUCAGAGCUUAGAGGGUAUCCACCAGAAAUCGCAGCUGCGGUGGUCUUGAUUGCCUUCACAACAUGCAUUGCUGCAAAUGGUCUGCUAGCACACUCUGCAACCGUGUCUCGCAAUAAGCUUGCCGAGAUUAUCUGGACGCGUCGAGAGUUGUGGCGAACAAUUGCUCAGAAGGAAAAUGCAGAGGCAGCUGCUCUAGCACGAAGUGAGUUCAUUGCGGCUGCUAGUCACGAGAUCAGAACACCCUUGCAUCAUCUGCAAGGUUACAGCGAUCUACUUUCGCAAACACCAUUGACAGAGGAAGGCCGAGCUCAUUUAGCCGCCAUCCAGAGAGCGACCAAAACGUUGUCUCUAAUCACAAAUAAUGUGCUGGACUGGUCGAAGCUGGAAAAGGACGCCAAAGCGGUUUGCAAACCUGUCUCACUGGAUAUCAGAACGGUCUGCGAGUCAAUAAUCAUUCUGCUUCCUAACAAGGACGAUGAGGCAGAUGUUGAGCUCUGUGUCGUGGUCGCCCCAGAUGUCCCAGCCUCGGUAUUCGUGGAUGAGACUUACAUCCAUCGUAUUCUGAUGAACUUGCUCUCUAACGCAUGCAAGUUCACGAGAUCAGGCUAUAUCAUACUUUCUAUCGAAGUCAGCGACGACAAGCUGAUAGCAUCAGUAAGAGAUACUGGUAUUGGUCUUGAUCCCAACUUCAUACCCCAGAUGUUCGAGCCAUACAAGCAAGGCGAGCAGAAAGGAAACCAACGAGGCACUGGUCUUGGUCUCAGCAUCAUCAAGCAGCUUUUGCAAGCCAUGAACGGCACCAUCACUGUGGAAUCGAAAUUUGCCUAUUCACAUGAUGUUGGACCAAACCAGAGUGGAAGCACAUUCACUGUCACUAUACCUUUGCAACCAUCAUCUUUGCCUCCACAGCCAUCAGAACAACAAGAUGGAAAACUUGUAGCGGUCCUCUCCGAUGCGGAAACUAGGUCCCUGCAAGGUGUAAAGGCAGCCUGGGAGAUGUUCGGCCAUGAAGUCAUAGUCGCAACCAGCAUGUCCGAACUUCCCGACAAAGACUGGAAGUACAUCUGGGCAGACAUGCCUUUCCUUCUCAAUAACAAAGAUCAAUUCCGCCGUCUCAUGAAACGGCAAGAUUGGCUGAUCUUGGUACCUUAUGAUACGCAGAAGUCUCUGUCAGACUUGCCAGGCAUCGUAGCUGCACCGAACUUUGUACUCUUACCGCGCCCACUAGUUUGGCACUCCUUUGCCACAAGGGUCGACGCCGCAAACCGUCGCAGCCGCAGUGCAACAGUCUCUCGCACUUUGCGAUUCGAUCCAGUGGUAGAGGUUAUGCAAGAUGAAGAACAGCAAAAAUCAGGAUCUCCAGUGCAAGGACAGCAACAGACCGUGUUGCUGGUAGAAGACAACGUUAUCAACGCUAAGCUCUUCCAAAAGAUGCUGGUUUCCCUCAAACACAAAGUCAUCAUCGCUCCUGAUGGAGAAGCAGCUGUGUCACAAGUCCUCACCCACGACACCGCGAUUGACAUAAUCUUUAUGGACCAAUCUAUGCCGAAAAAAGACGGCAUAACCGCCACACGAGAAAUCCGCGCCCUCGAACAAGAAGGAAAACUACAACGAAAACACCUCAUCAUUGCUUUGACAGCAGUCGUAAACACAGAAUCCAGGGCGAAGUUCAAAGAGGCAGGCGCAGAUGACUUCCUAGCCAAGCCAUUGAGUCUGACAGGACUGAAGGAUGCGCUUGCAGUGCAUUUGGGAUGUUAA